AUGGUAUCUUCAUUGGAUAGAUUUAAAUUCUUACACAGCGAUGUAUUCCGUGGACGUGUUGCCUUAAUAUCUCUUGUUCUUCAAAAUGCUGCUGUUGUUCUUGUCACCCGAUAUUCACGUGCAAGACAAGGUGAUAUGUACUAUUCGACAACAGCUGUUGUCAUGAGUGAAUUAGUUAAACUACUCGUAUGUUUCUUUCUUGUCUAUAUGGAGGCGAAUUAUUCAUUUACUGCAUUCAUAAAUAAUCUGAAAGAGAAUAUAUGGAAAGAUCCAUGGGAUUGUGUAUUAAUAUCCGUUCCUGGGUUGGUGUAUACAAUUCAAAAUAACUUGCUAUUUGUUGGUUAUUCAAAUUUGGAUGCUGUUUCAUUUCAGAUAUUGUAUCAGCUGAAGAUUUUCACCACGGCGAUAUUCUUCAGAAUUCUCCUGUCGAAACACCUAAGUCGUGUACAAUGGAUUUCAUUGGGUAUCCUAUUCACCGGUGUAUAUAAUAAUAAUAAUAGUAAUGGUAAUAAAAAUCUACUCGUCGGUUUAUCCUCCGUUGUGUUGGCAUGCAGUUGUUCUGGUUUUGCUGGAGUAUUUUUUGAAAAACUUUUGAAAAGUAGUCAUAAAAGUGUAGCUAUACGUAAUAUCCAGUUGGCAUUUUAUGGUGUUACUGUAGGCAUUGUGACAGUUUAUCUUAAAGAUGGACAGGCUAUACAUAAGAAUGGAUUUUUUUUCGGUUAUGAUUCUAUUGUAUGGUUAGCUAUUUUAAUCCAAUCAUUAGGCGGGUUGUUGAUUGCAGCGACAAUACGCUAUGCAGAUAAUAUACGUAAAGGAUUUGCUACCUCAUUGGCUAUUGUACUCACUUUCAUCUUGUCAAUAUUUUGGUUUAAUUUUCAACCGACAAUUUUAUUCUUUAUUGGUGCUGUUCUGGUUAUGAUAGCGACUGUUUUAUAUUCUGCUUAUCCACCUGCUACUACUGAUACUACUAAUAAGUUUGUCAGUAGUAGUGAUAAUAAGUAUUUUGUAAAUUCACUUUUCAAUACGAAAUCGCAAUUGAAUAAGGAUUUUUCGCAUAAAUUAUCUAUUUGAUGAAUUGUACUCAUCCCCCCUCUUUCUCUCUCUCCUUUUUUUUUCUAUUGUGAUAUUGUUCUUUGUUUUUAAAAAAAUGUGAUAAUUUUCUAUUCCCCCCGG